GCCCCGAUUCGGAAGAAGGGAGCGGUUGAGCAGACUGACAGCAGUGCAAAACAGACAGAGAAGACAAGAAGAAAAAUUAAGCUUUCUAUAGCCUACCACAUACAUUUUACAGACAUGGAAUUGUGCGAGAUACUGUACAACAAAGCAGAGUAUAUUGAAACUGCCUCUGGUAACAAAGUGAGCAGACAGUCUGUACUAUGUGGGAGUCAGAACAUCGUCCUCAACGGAAAAACGAUUGUAAUGAACGACUGCAUCAUACGGGGAGAUCUGGCCAAUGUCAGAGUUGGUAGACAUUGUGUUGUCAAGAGCCGGAGUGUCAUUCGACCGCCUUUUAAGAAGUUUAGCAAAGGGGUGGCUUUCUUCCCCCUGCACAUUGGCGACCAUGUUUUCAUAGAAGAGGACUGUGUGGUUAAUGCUGCACAGAUAGGCUCCUAUGUCCAUAUCGGCAAGAACUGUGUCAUAGGUCGACGCUGUGUGCUGAAGGACUGCUGUAAAAUCCUGGACAACACAGUACUGCCCCCUGAGACAGUGGUCCCUCCCUUUACUGUGUUCUCUGGCUGCCCAGGGUUGUUCUCAGGGGAGCUACCAGAAUGUACGCAGGAUUUGAUGAUCGAUGUGACCAAGAGCUACUACCAGAAGUUCCUCCCCCUCAGCCAGAUCUAGUCCUGCCCUUCAGCCCAACCACAACCUUCCCCUGAUUUAGGCUGCAUCUCAAUAAUUAGACAUGGCUUCUUGGACUUUGCUUCCUUCUUCAUCACAGUCCCCCAGUUUCUUCUGGCCCUCUGGAAUGUGAGGCCUUAAUUAGAACCUCAUGACAAAUAUGGAAUGUUUCACCAAAGGCCUGAGGGGUUUCUUGUCAUGUGAUGCAAGUAAAAGAAGAACAACUCAUGACUGUUGAUGGGAUCAGCCUUGUGUCCUUGUAUUUCCCUUUCCGUUAAUGAAAGGGGAUGAGGGUAGAAGGCCUUUGAGAAGUGUUGGAACCCAGCCUCAGAGGACCAAAAACCAGAAGUGUUCAAUGGAAAGACAUGAAAGCGGCUUCAAUAAUUUUUUUGUUUACUUGUUUUUUUUUCUCACCACCAGAGCACACAGUCCUUAUUGUUCCUUUCCUACUUGGCAUGACUUCAGCUGCAAACAUGUAUUUGUUGAAACUGUACUGGUCAUAUCGCAUCACUAUCGCAUUCCUGUUAAAAUAACUUAAGGUGUGUUUGUGUGACACAAAAACACAAGCCUCACCUUAAAAGACUAAGGCCAGAGAGUACUUUAAUUACUCUACUCUCAGAUGCUUUCUUUCUAUUUUGGACAGCAUUUAGAUGAAUACACAUAAAAUAACGUUGCCUCUGUAUUGCAGAAUUAUUUAAUGAAGUUUACGGUUUAUUUAAUUGACAAUUGAUGUAUAGUUUUAAUAGCACUAGUUAUAAAACUAACCAGUUAUGUGUCAAUGUUGUCAUGUUUUCUGUGCUGUACUAAGUCCAAUAACACUUCAUACACACAAGUUCUUAAUGCUGUCCAGCAUAGUUCUCUCUAUAGCAGAUCAACAAAAAUAAUAAGGAUUUCCAGUCACUACAAUAUUGCUACUAUAGUGGCACCAACUGGACUACAAUAGUAUUACAACUUCAUCUUCACAUACAGACCCCCCCCCCCAAACAUAUUUGGGAUACCUUGAGAAAUAACAACCAAACACAUGAACAUGUUAUUUAAUGAAACAUAGUACAUCAAUUGCAAUUCAAUGGUUUUCUUUUAUUCCUUUUACAACAUGAACCACAUAUCAUACCAACACCUAAAUGUUAAGUAUAUAGAUUAGCCAUUUAUUACUUUAAACAAAUAAUAUAAGUAUCAAGAAACAGUUGGUAAUAGUGUUGGCUCCAGAGAGAUGUGGCAUGAGUCUGCAUACUUGAGGCUGUCUACUUUAAAAGGAUAUAAAGACCAUUUAUUGGUUUAGUGACAGAUGAACUGACAUUGUCUUAUGAACGUAACCAAUUGAAAUGUCAUGUACAGAACCAACACAAUUCCCACUCCAUGUGUUAUGAGGGUCCGCUCUACUCAAAACAUUUCUACCUGCACUUUCAGGAGCUCCAUCCACAGGGUAGCCAGCCAAUCGUAGCUUUCCACAUACAUCUCAAUAAUGCACUUUCCCUAUACAACACAGUGAACAUCCCAACAUCCAAACUUUCACACAGGUGAGUGUGAAGGC